AAAAUAAAAUUAAAGUAGAUACUAAAUUUUCAGAAUCCCAAGAAACAUUCACUUUUAUAUAUCCUAAUCUUUGGCCUGGCAUUGACUGACUCCAACUAUACUAAACUCAUUCAAGUUUCCAUAUGCUUUUUCUAUUUUCUUCCAUAACUUGUACAUAAAUAGACCCCUCCUCAUCAUUUUUUGUCACACACACUGUACACACAAAAUGAAUGAUCUUCAUUCCCUAGCUUAUACUAAUAGCCUCACCUAUGGUUCUUCCCUAGGUUGGGAUUAUCACAAUCUUGGACUGCUCAAUUCAGACAAUAUGUCUUUAAUAUAUGAUAUGGCAGUUAUGGAUGCAAGUGCAGCUUCAUUUUCAACUCAAGAAUCUGAUUUCUCAACUGGUUAUCUAGAAGAUGCUUUGGUUGAGUUUGGUGAAAGUUCCAAACGUAGACGCUUGCUUACUGACGAUGAACAAAGCAAGAAUACUAUUUCCAUUGAUGAUUUUGACAAGUUCUGGAAUUUCAACCCUGUAUGGCACCAACCAGUGGAGAAUUUCUACUGCAUGGAUCAGAUAGAAAGGAUUUGUGGAUUUUCAGAUGAACAUAAUAGCACAUUGAGGAGUAGAAUCAUUGAGCAACCAAACAUUCUUCUAGAAGACACUAAAACAACAGAAGAGACAAUAUCAGCAUCUGAAUCUCCAAAUUCCUCCUCAUCUUCAUACAAAGAAUUAUUACCAUUAACAAUAUCCAAAACCAGUAGAGACACCCCACACGUAAGUCGUACAAGUGAUGAGGUGAUGAGAAAAAAGGUGGUGGUAAGGACAACAAGAGUGGUAUAUCCAUUUGCAUUAGUGAAGCCAGGAGGAGAAGAAGGUGAUGUGACAUUGAAUGACAUAAAUGAAAGGAUCUUAAUGCCUCCAACAAGGCCAGUAAGGCAUCCAGUUGGUGACUUUGCAUGUCGGCCAUGCGUAUCUGCACAAGGUCCAGGCCUUUCAGGCAAAGCAGUGGUGGCCCUUACUAGAAUCCACACUCAAGGAAGAAGAGGCACCAUCACUAUUAUCAGAACCAAAGGCUAAUUGCUAUAAUGUCACCAUCUAUGAAGUACGGAUACGGACACCAGACACGACACAGACACGCCGACACUGCUAAUAAUUUGAGAAAAUGACAUAAUAUAGUGUAAUUAUAUGUGUCGGUGUUGUGUCAGUGUCGAACAUGACAUGUGUCCGACACCGGGACAUGGCUAAUCGUGCUUCAUAGGUCACAAUUCACAGUGAUGAAUUUUGUUAUCAUGCAUGUUAUGGCUAAUUAGCUUUUACUACUUGUAUUCUAGCAGCUUUUAUGGCCUGAUUUGCUUUGUUUUCAUGUCCUGCUAAAUUGUAAAGAUCGAAAGCGAUGUGUAAUAUUUUUGUAUUCUAUCUCUAUAUACAUGACACCAUGUGUAUAAAAUAUAGUUUCAAUCUUGGUCACCUUCAA